AUGGCGGAUUCCUUGGCGGAACCUGUUUGUUUGAAAGAUUUUGAGAGUUACGCGAGGGAAUACUUGCCAUAUUAUGCAUUUGAGUUUUUUGCAAGAGGUGCAAACGAAGAAACUACCAUAAGAGAAAACCUGGAGGCAUUGAAAAGGUGCGAGAACAUGGGGCGAGAACAGCUGGGACCGGGUGUAAAGUACAGGUCACAUUCCACAGGUCAGGACUACUACUAUACUGGUCACUGCUCCAUCGAUAAAUUAACCACACAGCUUCCCAUCGACCUAAUACAGCAUUCUGUUAAGAGAUUUGGGCUAGGAGACACUUUUAAAGCUAUUUAUUUAUCUAUAUCAUGUUGCGUGACCUGUACUCUGACAUGUCGAAAAGUGACCUGUAUUUUAGACCAGCUGCGGUUAUUGAUUUGUUUGUUUUCUUACAUGCUUCUGGAGUUGUGUGUGUGGUGGAGGGGGAAUUGGACAUCAACAGUGAGCUACUAA